AUGGGUACUGGCGGAAGGCUCGUCAGGUGUUCUGGUCUUAUUCUGUCGAGACCGGGUGCCGUACGAUUUCUUACUGACAUGAUAGCAUGUCGUAUUUCGGACGGAAGAACCUCUGGAAUGACAUGUCCGUCUUCCCGUCAUGGUGAGGAGGCAAGUGGACAUGGCUGUCGAAAAAUCAGAGUAAAAGUCGUGGAUGAUUUCCUCCAUCCCCGUUCUCGAUGCAAUGGCUGUUUCCUUUGGGUUCCGGAGAGCAGUUAUCCUCGUCCUGCGACUGGCGAAGUCUCGACGGGCAUAGCGGAUGCUUUUUCCCGCCUCUGCAUCUUCAGCCAGCACUUCUGCUCUUCUCUCUAUAAGGUCUUCCUUCAUCGCCUCUCUGCAAAGCUUCGCGAGCACGGACGUGAGUUCUUAGUUCCCUGCGGUUCGUGCUGCUCCACGCUGGCGUAUCAGCUCAAGACUUUCAAGAGACAGGCGUCUCUUGGAGGAUUUAGAACUCUCAGCCUUCUUCGCGAAGUCGUGAAGGUGAUCAACGAGCCGGUCAUCGAUGCUGUCCAUUGA